AAAAAAAAGAAAGAAAGAAAGAAAGAGAAAAAUCUUAUUUUGCAUAUAAUCCCCACAUAAAAGAAUUAAUUCGGCUAUAACUAUCAAUACCAAAAUCAUAACCUUAACCAUUACACUGAUCAAAUCACAAAACACAAUAUGCCGCCAUUCUCUAAUCUUUCAUCCCUCUCUCUGGCCUAUCGAUCCUCCCUCGCCCGCAUUCACUCUCCAGUCACCGGCGUCUUCCCCAUCUUGAAAUGUGCUUCUUCUUUUCACCGGCACCACCCGCCAACUGCUUCUGUCCCAUUUCAACAUGUGCAUUAUCAUUCCGUGUUUCAAGACGAACGCAAAAGGGAUGAGUGGAAGGAAGUUACGAAUGGAGAACAAAUGAGAUCACAAUCCGAUGUGGCUUUGAGCAUUGCGAAACGGCUUCUCCAAGACAAUGUAAAGAACUCCAAUAUUGUGUUUUCGCCAUUGUCAAUCCAAGUUUUGCUGAGUCUUAUUGGUGCUGGUUGUAAUGGCCCCAUUCUUGAUCAGCUUCUGUCCUUCCUGAAAGCAAACUCCAUUGACCAACUCAACCACUUUGGUUCGUUUGUAACAUCCAAUCUCUUGGCCGACGCCUCUCGCACCGGCGGACCUAAACUCUUAUUUGCCAAUGGACUUUGGCUCAAUCAAUCACACUCUCCCAAGCAUUCUUUCAAACAUAUUGUCGAAACUUAUUAUAAAGCCACCCUCCGUCAAGCCGAUUUUCACACUAAGGGUGAAGAAGUGGUUUUGGAAGUGAACUCAUGGGUUAAAGACAAAACUAAAGGACUCAUUACCGAUAUUCUUCUCCCCGGAUCAGUUGAUAGACUAACUCAGAUCAUUCUUGUAAAUGCACUUUACUUCAAAGGGGUUUGGACAAAUAAAUUUAAUGAUUCAGAAACAAAAAAGGAGGAUUUUUACCUAGUUGAUGGGAGUUCCAUUAAGACCCCUUUCAUGAGCAGCAGUAAGGAUCAAUAUAUAGCUGCAUACGAUGGGUUUAAAGUUCUUACAAUGCCGUAUCGACAAGGCCAAGAUAAAGAUCGUCGUUUCUCCAUGUGUAUCUUUCUCCCAGAUGCCAAAGAUGGAUUGGCAUCAUUGAUCGAAAAGGUAGACUCUGAGUCCGGGUUCAUGGAUCGCCACAUUCCGCGUAAGAAAGUUGAAGUGGGUGAAUUCAAAAUUCCCAAGUUCAAAGUGAGUUAUGAAUUUGAAGUUUCGGAUGUGUUAAAGAAGUUGGGAUUGGUUUUACCUUUUGAAGAAAGGAGUUUAUUAGAAAUGGUGGAGACAGAAACAGGUGAACUGACAUUUGUUUCAAGCAUUUUUCACAAGUCGAUCAUUGAAGUCAACGAAAAGGGGACUGAAGCUGCAGCUGCUUCUGUUUAUUUAUGCGGUUUAACUUGUUCGAUGGAGUGUGUAAAGAGAAUAAACUUUGUUGCUGACCAUCCCUUCUUGUUUGCAAUCAGAGAAAACGUAACAGGAACUUUGCUUUUUGUUGGCCAAGUGCUACAUCCUACUCUGUGACUCAAAACAUUGAACUUUAUUAUGUCGUAUCCACUUCAAUUUUCUAA